AUGAUAGCAACCAUUGAUUCUUGCGCCGAGCUCCAAUUCUUGGGCAACCCCGUGACUAACCAUGUGCAGAGUGCGGAGCAGCACAACCAAGAUGUCAACUCUCUCGGUCUCAUCUCUUCCAGGAAGACCGCCGAGGCCAUCGACAUUUUGAAGCUCAUGUCCUCGACAUUCUUGGUCGCGCUGUGCCAGGCUAUCGACCUCCGCCACCUCGAGGAGAAUGUUAGGGGUGCCGUCAAGAACUGUGUGCAGAUGGUGGCAAGGAAGACCCUAAGCACCAAUGACAAUGGCCAUCUCCACAACGCACGCUUCUGCGAGAAGGACCUGCUCCUGACGAUCGACCGUGAGGCCGUGUUCGCCUACGCAGAUGACCCUUGCAGCGCAAACUACCCACUGAUGCAGAAGAUGCGUGCAGUUCUCGUGGAGCAUGCCUUGGCCAACGGUGAGGCCGAGCGGGAUGUGCAAACGUCAGUGUCCGCCAAGCUCGCCGCAUUCGAGCAUGAGCUCCGUGCGGUGCUUCCAAGGGAGGUCGAGUCAGCCCGGUGCGCCGUGGAGAAUGGCACCGCAGCGCAGCAUAACCGCAUCACCGAAUGCCGGUCAUACCCGCUCUAUCGCUUCGUGCGCAAGGAGCUGGGAACCGAGUACUUGACCGGAGAGAAGACGAGGUCUCCUGGUGAGGAGGUGGACAAGGUGUUUGUUGCCAUGAACAAGGGUAAGCACAUCGACGCGCUGCUUGAGUGCCCCAAGGAGUGGAAUGGUGAGCCCCUGCCCAUUUGCUGA